CUUUCAAACGAGUCAGACUACUGCUAAAAGAUGCAUUCCACUAAGACUCACAAAGUGAUCAAUCUGAUGAUUUCAUUCUUCUAUCAUAUUGGCUUUUGGCAUCGUGGAGCUAAUCCUACCGUCAAUGAAUUGAAAGCCAAGUUUUUCUACUGCAUCUAUCAUGCACUGUUCCUUCUAUCAUUGGUAGUUGGAGCAAUAACAACCGAAAACGUGGAUAAGAAAAUAUUCUUAUCGGAAGUUGCAAUCGCAAUCGUGGUGUUGUUAAUCAAACUUUGCCUUUUAAUCUGGAAACAAAGCCAAAUUCUCGUUUUGUUGAAUCGAUUUUGCGUUUUUUCGAUACGGGAUGAUGACGACGCCUCAUAUUUCAACGAAAAAUUAGGAAGAUUUAUGAAAUUUGUGACUGGGUUCUUAAUCACAGCUCUAUUUGUUGGCUUUUCAGAGUCUGUAGUCUUAUCGUUCGUUGGAAGUGAGAAAAGUUUAUUUUUGGAAAUUGCAUUUCCAUUGGAUUGGAAACACAACGACAUUGCAUUCUGCAUCACAACAUUUUUCAUUUUCACUGAAGUUUUUCUGGCCAUAAUCGCUGUCCUUUUCUCGAUAUUAAUUUGGUAUUUGCUUUUGAUAUGUUCUUUGCGACAUGAUGUGCUAGGAAGUGAGUUAAGAAAACUUGGACAUGAGCAAAUCGCCGAGAAGGCAAAUAAAAAGAUAUUGGAAAAGCGAAUGCAGUAUAGUUUCUUUGAAGGCUUAAAAUCCUCAAUCAAGACUCAUCUGCACCUAAGGGAAUUGACCAACGAAUUGGAAUCCUUUUUCUCAAAACUAUUUCUUACUCAAUUUGGUACCAGCGGUCUGUGCAUCUGUGGAUCGAUCUAUUGUCUCGCAUUUAAUGUCGGUGAUAAUUUAUUAGAACGACUUACGUAUCUAUUACUGCUUUUAUAUUUCAUUUCCGAACUAUUUAUGAUCACGUAUUUUGGGAAUGAAAUAAUGCUGUCCAGCAAUCGUCUGUCGUAUAGUUUAUUUCAAUCGAACUGGGUCGAUCAACCACAUUCAACCAAAAAGUGCAUCAUCAUUUUUGGUGAAUAUUUGAAGCAACCGCAGGAGUUGAUAGUGGGCAGGCUGUACCCAUUGACUUUGGAGACAUUUACUAGGAUUUUGAAUUCUGCUUACAGCAUGUUCAACAUCUUAAAAUCAUUUCAACAGUGAAACUGUUAUACGACAAAGUAAAUUCGUCGACAUGCUUAUUGGAGUAAAAAUGAUUAUAUUUUAAUUAAAAUUGUUGUUGUUAAUUAUUAUAAUAAGUAACAUUA